UGCCAGAUUCAAUUCAUGGGAUGAAGAAGACUCCAUGAUCAUGGCAUGGCUAUGGAACUCAAUCGUUCCGGAAAUUAGCGAUACAUGCAUGUUCCUCACUUUUGCAAAGGCUAUAUGGAUUGCAAUAGAGCAAACCUACUCUAAGGCAAAGGAUGCUGCCCAGAUUUAUGAGGUGAAAGUAAAAAUAAUGGCAGCCAAACAGGGCACUAAAACUGUCACCGAAUAUGCUAAUCAACUCAAAUCUUUAUGGAUGAAGUUAGAUCAUUAUAGGGUCAUAAAGGCCAAGUGUUCUGAGGAUUCAACAAUUCUAAGAGCAUAUAUUGAACAAGAUAGGGUCUAUGAUUUUUUGGUGGGCCUAAAUCCUGAAUAUGACCAGGUCCGAAUUCAAAUCUUGGGAAAGGAGAAAGUCCCACGACUUAAUGAAGUGGUAGCCAUUAUUCGAAGUGAAGAAAGCAGGAGAGGGUUGAUGUUGGAAACUUCAACCACCGAAAGCUCUACAAUGAUAGCUGAAGGAGGAACAAUCAUGGUUGCCAACCAGAGGAAAAACUGGGAGAAAAGACAUGAGGAGAUUUGGUGUACCCAUUGUAACAAGUCGCGCCACACAAGGGAAAAGUGCUGGAAAUUACAUGGAAAGCCCCCAAGCCGGGAAUGGGGGCUGAAAGAUGGGAAGACCUCAAGUAAAGAAUGGGGGUCGAAAGGAGAAGAUGGGAAAACCUCAAGCAGAGAAUGGGGACCGAAACUCCCAGGCUGAGAAUGGGGAUUGAAGGGAGGCCCACAGAAAAAAGGAAGGCAAGCAUACAUUGCUAAUGGGUAAAGUGAAGAAUCUGUCUAGUUGAAUCAUGAAGAGAUAGAACGGGUAAGAUCCAUCCUUAGUAAAUUGGAGAAGCCUACAGGACAAGAACUCGGGGAGGACGAUUGGACAUGCUAGAGAAUGGAAUGGCCUAUACUACAUGGAGGACCCUAAUCUGCCUACCAAGAGUCUCAUCUCUAAAUCCACCAUGACCAACAAAGAGAAAGCUCACCUCUAUAAUUACCGACUAGGACAUCCGUCAUUUCGAGUUGUAAAAGUGUUUUUUCCUUCCUUGUUUAAAAAUUUAAGUGUGGAGAGUCUUCAUUGUGAGGUAUGUGAGUUGGCAAAACAUAAACGUGUACAUUUUCCCAUUAGCAAUAAGAUGAGUCCUUUCCCAUUUUCUCUUGUUCAUAUGGGGUCCUGCUUAUGUUCCUAAUAUUUCUGGUGCUAAAUGGUUUUUAACAUUCAUUGAUGAUUGUACCCGGGUGACUUGGGUUUUUUUAUUGAAACAAAAAUAUGAAGUUAGCUCUGUGUUUGUCCAGUUUGUCUCUAUGAUUAAAAAUCAAUUUGGGGUCAGUAUAAAAAGAAUUAGGUCGGAUAAUGCCAAGGACUACUUUAACCUUGUACUAAACUCUUUUUGCCAAAAGGAAGGGAUAAUCCAUGAGUCCUCAUGUGUGAACACACCCCAACAGAAUGGGAUUGCAGAAAGGAAAAAUGGGC